AUGCCUGGGACCGUGGCAGAGGGACCUUCGGUCUCCAUGUCCUUUGCGAAUAACUUCUGGGGAAAGGACGAUGCCGGUCUCCAGCCCAUGCUCGACCGCAUGCACGGAUCGAAGACAACGAGCGAUGAAUUGAAGACUUUCUACACAAUUCGAGCUUCGAUUGAAGACGAAUAUGCACGAAAACUCCAAGCCUUGUGUCGCAAACCGUUGGGCACAUGUGAAACUGGAUCUCUCAAAGCCUCACUGGACGUGGUCCGCGGGGAAACCGAAGCAAUUGCCAAGGCGCAUGCUGCCAUCGCGGGUCAGAUGAAAGUUGAACUCGAGGAGCCUCUGGGUGCGUUUGCUAGUGGAAUCAAGGAGCGACGAAAGAUCAUUCAGAACACCAUUGAGCGCCUCCACAAGACCAAAAUGCAGCAAACAGGACUUGUGAAUAAGACUAGAGAUCGAUACGAACAGGACUGUCUCCGCAUCAAGGGCUACCUGGCACAAGGCCACAUGGUCAUGGGCCAGGAAGAGCGCAAGAACAAGGCGAAGCUUGAGAAGACCCAGAUUCAACUUGCGUCAAACAGCCAGGAGUAUGAGGCUGCAAUUAAGAUCCUUGAGGAUACGACCGGUCGCUGGAAUAAGGAAUGGAAAGCUGCUUGCGAUAAAUUCCAAGACUUGGAGGAGGAGCGACUGGAUUUCGCGAAGAGCAGUCUAUGGACCUAUGCAAACAUCGCAUCGACUGUUUGUGUCAGCGAUGAUGCCUCUUGCGAGAAGAUCCGACUCUCCCUCGAGAACUGCGAGGUUGAAAAAGAUAUCGUCUACUUCAUUAAGGAACGAGGCACUGGUCAAGAGAUUCCGGAUGCUCCCCGAUUCAUCAACUUCUGCAAGGAAGACUUUGACACAGGAUCCGAAAUCGACGAGGGCGAGGGUUAUUCCGUCGCCCAGUUCCAGCGUACCAUGAACCCGGCUUUCCGCACUUCUUCUCCUCAGCCCUCGAUGUAUGAGUCUCAUCAUGAUCCCCAGUCUGAUCUCGCGGCUCAAAUGGGCCAUCCGGCUCCUCCGGCAAACGUGGAGCCAGCUCAGCAGCCUCCGCAAGCUCAGCAAUACCAACAGACUCCGCCGAUUCAGCAGGCUCAGCCGCCGCCGCAGCCUCAACAGCCUGUGCAACCGCAGCAGCCUCAGCAACCCCAGCAGCAGCCCAUGCAGUCUAUGCAGCCCCAACAACCUGCUCCGCUGGAUUUCCGCCGCGGCGGCUAUCUGCCCCCGAACUAUGACCCUGAGCAGCACGGUGAAAUUAACAAAAUUCCUCACAAUGCUUACCCGACUGAUGGUAUGACCAUGUUUUGCCGAACCGGUCCUCCAUCAGAGCGAAGCUCAGCAGCUAGCGCAUACCGACCAUCCAGCCGUGAUUCCCAGAGUGAGGUGUCAAAUCCCACCUCUAUGUCCAGCGUUGAGGCGCCAAUGCCGGUCAGUACCAAGCAAAUGUCACCUCAGAGGCCAACAAACAGUGCGCCACUCCCCAGUGCUAGUUCCGGAGAUGACAAGUCCCCGAAAAAGAAGAGUGCGUUCUUCAGCAACAGCCCAUUCCGUCGCAAGAGCCGUCAUGAGAAGGACAGACCAGUUAUCCCAGCAGCCCAGUCCGCGUCGCGAAGCCCCUGGAGCUCUCCUAGCAAGAAUUCCAGCCCAUCUAAGGCUGUUCCUUCUCCUGGUCAAAUUGAACGUCGUGCAGCUAGCCCGGAGCCUGUCGACCCUCGUGCCAACUUCCAGCUCAAUGUAGGAAAUAAUGUCUUUGACGUUGCGUCCCCCGACAAGAACGGAAAGAAGGCAGGAGCUCAGCAGGCCAAUGGAGCCGAAGAUGGUCUCGACCCGAUCGCACGAGCUCUCGCUGAUUUGAAGACGACUGGCGGAAAGCAAUCCACUCUCCGUGUCUCGGCUGAUAGGUACCAUGGAAUCACCACUCCCACUCCUUCUGCGCCAUCAUCUGCUUAUGGUGGAAGUAGUUCUGGAGCCCCGCCGGCAUACAAUGAUCCCUCAGUGAAACGACUUGGCGCCCCCGAGCCGGCCUUUACCUCGAAGCAGAUGCAAAAGACCACUCAGCGCUACACUGGUCAGACCCAGAGCAUGCUCCGCGGUGGAAGUAAUAACCCAGCCAUGGCCCCCAAGCCUCAGGAAGUUCCUCGUGCCAGGUCUCCGGCCCCAUCCCGACGAAGUGCUAGCCCGCAGGUAUCUCCCCGUGUUGAUACCCGGAUGGGCGCUCAAUAUGCUGGAGGAGCACCCGCUAGCCCAGGUGCGCCUCAAUCCAGCAGCAUGCGCAGUCGUUACAGCCAAUCCCCCACGCCGCACCGUGCCCAAGACCCGCCCUACUCUCCCAAUGACUUUGCCAGAAGGCCUUCGCCUGCCGCCUCUCAUCGCGCAGUUUCUCCUCAGCCACAGUUCCGUCAGCAAACUCGUCCUUCCAGUGCCGGAGGCAUGGAGCUUCAGCUGUCCAAUGGUCAAAAUGAUCCGUAUGGCGGCGGUGGGGGCAGUGUUGGUCGGGAUAGCUAUGGUUCUCGACAUGAUGGCCGGCCCUCAUCAUACUAUGGUGACGCUGGUGGUCCCCCUGUUGGCCGAUCUCGCAGCCGCACUGUUGCGGUGGCCGACCCUGCUCGCAAGCUCAGUCGCGAUGGACGUCCGGUCUUGCACUUUGCUCGCUCAUUGUACAGCUACGCUGCUGCCAUUCCUGAAGAGCUUGGUUUUACCAAGGGUGAUUGCCUUUCAGUGAUCCGACUCCAGGACGAUGGAUGGUGGGAAGCCGAAAUCACCAAUGGACGCGGCCACUCUGGAUUGGUGCCGAGCAACUAUCUGCAGAUCAUCUAG